AUGCUGAGCAGAACAACAGCCAUAGCAGCUUCUCUUUCAGUCUCUGCUGGUUCUGCAAACCCAUCAAAAUCAAACUAUUCUCGAUUGUUGGGGCUCAACAACAAUCUCUCCUACACUGCUUCAAACCCUGUAAUUGUAUCAUCCAACUCCAACUUUGCGAGCUUCGCAUGGAACACCAGCAACAACAGUAAGUAUAAAAAGUCAAGAAUGGAGAGGUUCACAACCAGGGCAUCGGCGCAGCCCCUCACGAAUGCUGAUGAGCUCAUAGACUCUGUCCAGACUUUCAUCUUCGACUGCGAUGGAGUUAUAUGGAAAGGAGAUAAGCUCAUAGAUGGCGUGCCACAAACUCUUGAUCUGCUACGGUCUAAGGGCAAAAGAUUAGUUUUCGUUACCAACAACUCAACAAAGUCUAGGAAGCAAUAUGGUAAAAAGUUCGAGACACUUGGUCUGAAUGUCAAUGAGGAGGAAAUUUUUGCAUCAUCUUUUGCUGCUGCUGCCUAUUUGAAGUCCAUUAAUUUCCCUAAAGAUAAAAAGGUUUAUGUGAUUGGUGAGGAAGGUAUCUUGAAGGAGCUUGAGCUAGCUGGAUAUCAAUAUCUUGGUGGACCAGAAGACGGUGGGAAGAAGAUAGAUCUGAAGCCUGGAUUUCUGAUGGAGCAUGAUGAGAAUGUUGGAGCUGUUGUGGUUGGGUUUGACCGAAAUUUCAACUACUACAAAAUUCAGUAUGGGACACUUUGUAUACGUGAAAACCCUGGAUGUCUUUUCAUUGCAACAAAUCGGGAUGCUGUCACUCAUCUCACAGAUGCUCAGGAAUGGGCAGGUGGUGGUUCUAUGGUUGGCGCUAUCCGUGGAUCUACUCAACGUGAGCCGCUGGUUGUGGGAAAACCCUCAACAUUUAUGAUGGACUACUUAGCAAAUGAAUUUGGCAUCCUGAAGUCACAGAUUUGCAUGGUUGGGGACAGAUUAGAUACUGAUAUUCUGUUUGGACAAAAUGGUGGUUGCAAAACUCUUCUUGUUCUCUCAGGUGUCACCACUUUAUCAGUGCUUCAGAGUCCUAACAACUCCGUACAACCAGAUUUUUACACGAACAAGAUUUCAGACUUUUUGUCUCUCAAGGCUACAACUGUAUGA